CCUCCACCAUCAUGGCGAGUGCCGCCGCCUUUUCCUUGUCCAACAGUAUCACCAUAUCCAAGGCCGAGCACGAGUUUCUGCUCCGAUCAGCCCGCGAAUACAAUGUCCUUCGAAGUGCUCUGUUCCGCGGUGGUCUUACUGAAGACACGCUAUUGACUCUUAUCAAUGGCGAGAACGACUACAACAGCUGUGAGACAGGCUCCUACAGCAUGUGGGACGAGUCCUACACAAGGGCCCCCUCUGUCCCUGUCCGCAUGUCUAUGCCUCAGAGCAGCGGAGUGUCGCCAGACACCUCGGACAGCACCGCCGUUGGAGGCGCCUUGCCCAAGCCACGCCCGUCAUACCACGUACACCAGGGCAAUGCUUGUGACGUGCCUGAUUCCUACCCAGCCAGGUCGUACGAUAAAGACGAAUCUUGUGGUCCCGAAACUGUCGAGGUUCAACCGUCCCAGCCACAGCCACCCUUUCCUCGCAAUGACCAGCGAACAGUCUUGUUGACGAAUCUGUCGGACCGGACUACACAUAAGGAUCUUGUCGAUAUCGUUCGUGGAGGUAGAUUGCUGGACAUCUUCCUUCGAAACGACCGCUCGGCCACGAUAUCGUUCGUCGAGGGAGCCCAAGACUUCCUGGCCUAUACCAAACGGAAUGACAUCUAUAUCCACGACAAACGAAUCGAGACGCGUUGGAAUGACCGACAGUUUCAUCUGCCCAAUCAUGUAGCGAACAAGAUCGCUAUUGGCGCAACUCGCAAUAUCGUCAUCCGCAGCGCGGUUGGCAAGCUUACUGCUCAAGGCAUCCGCGAAGAUCUCGAGCAUAUACAUAAUCUGAUAGUGAUCGACAUCACCUUCAGAGGCUUCGACGCCUUCAUAUCAACCAAUUCUGUCCAUAACGCCCUCUUUGCACGGACUUGCAUGAUGUCGCGGACCGGCUACAAGGGCUUGCGAAUUGAGUGGUACCCUGACGAAUGUGCUGCACCUAUACCAAGAGGUUCUAACGCAGCAUGGAAUGGACCUACUGCACGAUCAUCUGCUCGUGCUGCCAAGGAAGUUCCACCGCCUGCAAAGAUCACCAAUCGCUUCGAGCUUUUGAACAUGGACGAGAGCGAUUCGAGGUCAACAAGUGAAGAUGGGGAGGAUUUGUACUCUAGUAACGGUGUGCUGCUCACAGGCUGGGCAGAUGCUAGUAUUCUCGCCUGAUGCUGACAUUCAAAGGUUCUUCCUAAUGGCAGCUGUGGGACGUCCUCAGGGCAUUGCACCACGCCCACGAGCGGGCUUUCUCAAGCAUUUUUUGCGAGGGGCUGCUUUUGCGUCUGAAAAUUGCCGAGAAUCAAGAUGGUGAGUUAUGAUGGAUAGUUUCCUGUGGCCAAUGUGGUUUCCUAUCGGUUUUUAGCGGCCUGGUAUGAAAUACUCUGCGGUUCUUUUCCUACGAACCACUUCAAUUCUGACCCUUCGUCCUCGACUUGGGACGUAGUGUUCUGUCAUAGGGUUCUUUCCUUUGUAUAGAUACCCAGUCGAGCAUCGGUUCGUAAUGAAUACGAGGUACCUGUAGUACUUGUCACAAUUGUGCUCAAUUGCUU